UAGAAUUGGAGAUGAACGUAAUGAUGAGAUGCUCAUAUCACUCAGUCCAGACAAUAGAAGUCGUUGUCCCAAAAGUGGGAAUGCAGGCGACAAGAUUAGGUUCGAAAUAAACCCAUAGAAACCAUCGGAUUUAUUUUGGCGAGAGUGGAACCUCUCGCUUCGCCUGAUCCUCUCUGAGGUGACAUUGUUUUGAUUUUGAACGUUAUUUUUGUGGAGUAAAGAAAGACCUAGCUAGCUACUGACUGAACUAAAUAGGCUACCCAACUCCCAGUCGUCUGAAAUAUGUCUAAACUACAGUUGUUUCGUGUGUUUUUAAAUGAGCGCUUAACGACGGCUGCUGUGGAUAUUUUCGGGGCAGUUGAGAAAACGGUAGUGGAGUACCAGGAGGAGAAUGAUCGGCUACGGAGACUGUUGGGGAUCACACCGGAGAUACAACUAUGUAGAAUAGACUCCCUGCAGCUCUCUGUCUCUGAAGAGGAGGUUCCCCCUGAGCAGCAGCACUGUGAGCAGGAGUGGAGCCCCAGUCUGGGACAGGAGGACCCAGAGACCAUACAGAUUAAAGAGGAACAGGAGGAAGUCAGGACCAGUCAGGAGGAAGAGCAGCUUCAAGGGCGCUUUGAUACCAAAGACUCCAUAUCCACUACUUCCUGUGUGAAAAGUGAAUGUGAUCAGGAGGACCCACGUCAAGAAGCCAUACUAGCUGAACACCCAACUCUCAGUCCACUGAAAACAUCUAAACUACAGUUGUUUCGUGUGUUGUUAAAUGAAUGUUUAACGGCAUCUGCUGCUGUGGAGAUUUUUGGUGCGGUUGAGGAAACUGUAGCAGAGUACCAGGAAGAGAAUGAUCUGCUACGGAGACUGCUGCAGAUCACACCAGAGAUACAACUAUGUAGAAUAGGUUCGUAUGUAGAUCUACUGAUAGUCAGCAAUAGUUCUUGUAAAUUAAUAAACUGUUUAGGCUUUGUGAUCACCAUUUCAACAUUUUUUAAAAAAUAAUAAUUUUUAUU